AUGGAAAUAGGUACAACCACUGGCAACAAUGAUGCACUAGAAAGCCAGCCAGCAAAUGAACAACCUGCCCAAGAGCUUGAUCCAGCAGGAACCAAAUGGGAAGCCCAAGGAAGGACUGAGUGUAACCAAGCAUUUGAGAUAGUUGUGAUUAGUGAUGAGGACUCUGCAGAAUGUAGAAAUAGAGAAGAGCUCCCUGAAGCCUCCAUGUCAGCAGAGAAAAGGAAGCCCGGUCCUGAGGAUAUUGGAAAAACUCUUAACUUACAAAAAGCCAAGAGACAAAGAAUUUCAAAACUGCAGGAAGAAGAUGUGGAUUAUUGCUCUGAAACACUUCCCGUGAGCUGUGGACAGAUGAAAGGCACAUUAUAUAAGAACAAGAUGAAAGGAGGCACCACAAUGAAGUGUAUAAAGACAGAAGACGGAAACUGGUUCACCCCCAGGGAAUUUGGAGUUGCAGGAGGCUAUCAAAAAUCAACUCAUUGGAAGAGGAUUGUGCGCUGUGGUGGAAAAACCCUAAAAUGGCUGAUGAAGGAAGGAAAACUACAUAUACCACCUGGAAAAUAUGGCAAGGAAGAAAAGCUUGAAACGUCAGAUGUAUGUGAGGUCUGCUGGUAUGGAGAAGACCUCAUCCGCUGUGAUACUUGUUCAAGAGUCUUUCAUGGGUCCUGUCACCUCCCACCAGUGGACACUAAGAGGAGACCGUGGAGUUGCACCCUCUGCAGGAUAAAGGAACCUGCAGGAAGGCAGCCAGUCUACCAUGAAUCUGAGGUGCUGAAGAGACCGAUAGGGCCUGAGGAGCAGCUGAAAUGCGAGUUCCUCCUCUUGGAAAUCUAUUGCCAUCCAGACAGCUGCUGUCUUGAGAUAAUUCAACAAGAUAAUUAUCCCCUAGAGACUUUUAAAGGCAUGGAUCAUUCUAUGAUGUUGAAGAAAAUCAGGAAGAAUCUACGUGAGCGCUGUUACCCCUGCGUGGAGGGGUUCGUUAGGGACAUGCGCCUCAUCUUUCAGAGUCACAGGGCAUUUCAUAAAGAUCAUGCCUUGUACUUAAUGGGAAUUAAGUUGGAGGCCAAAUUUGAGCAGCGUUUUAAGGAUGUGUUUGCUAUUCAGGAAAGAAAACAAGAACUCAUAGAAAACAAAAUUAAAUAAGAAGACAAUGCAAGAAGAAAAUUAGAACUUCAAGAAAGAAAAAGAAACUAUCAAGAAGAGAAACAGACAUCCUAGAUCCAAAGAAGACAACAAUGACAUGGAAGAAUUGAAGAGAAAGCUUCAGCACCAAACUCAGUUAAGCAGAAGAAAGAACCAGUGAGCUAGAGGAGAGGUUAUUUGAAAUCAUCCACUCAGAGGAGCAAGAGAGACUGAAAAAGGGUGAAGAAUGCCCCCAGGACUUAGGAGACAUUAUCAAGGGAACAUAUAUGCGUCAUGGUGCUCCUAGAAGUCAAAAAGAAAAAGAAA